CGUCACUACACAAGCACUUAUAUAUAUUGCUAUAUCAUUACAUCGUUAUCUUCAGAUUAAGAAACAAGUCAACUAUAACAAAGACAUUGGAAAACAGUUGAGCAACAAUGGGUUCUCUUAUGGCAGGAUGGGACUCUAACACCUCAUCUUCAUCACUUGAAAGAAAUCGGUCACUCACCAAAGAAGAAAUUGACGCUUUCUGGAAAUCAAAGAAGGAGACAGAAGAAGAACAUCUCAAAGCUAUUUCAAAUUUAUCAAAGACUAUUCAGCCCGGAAAAUACGAGGAUACCGAGCCCUUGGCCCUACGUAUGAAGAAGACAUUAGGCAUGGAUGUUAACAAUAAUUUGGAGCAGCUUAUCAACAAAAAUGGCUGGUGGACAAAGAGCAACUGGGCAUUUUUGAAUGAACCUCCAGUGAUGGAAACUUCUUCAAACAAGUAUGUAUCACAGUUUCAUGUAGCCAACUCGGGAUCAUCAAAACAAAACCCUGGACAUGGAAUUAGUGCUUGAUCCGAAUAGUCUCUCUCAUUUCACCCUUCACAUACAUGUAACAUAUCCAAGAAUAAUGUAAUUGUAGGUACCUAUAUAUUAUGAUUAUGAUUAAAUUUUGCCA